AUGGCUACCUAUGAGCAAAUCGAUCACAUCGCCAUUGUUGCCUCUGCGGUAACAUGGCCGUUCACAGGCAUCAGCACUGUGCUAUUCUUCAUGCGCAUGUUUGCGCAGUUACGUCAUACAACUCAGAAGUCUUACUGGGAAGACCUCAUGUUAACCCUUUCUUGGAGUUUUGCUAUCGCGCAAGCUGCCAUUUUUCAGGUAGCGCUGAAUGCCGCGAGAGAUCUCGACGAAAAUAAUCUACCGGUCACCGUCCCCAAGGCUGCUUUCUGGGCAAUCCUGACGAACAAUUGGUCCUUUUUAAGCAUAGAGCUUCCGAAAGUCUGCGUCGCUAUUCUACUUGUUCGCCUAUUUCGACCGGCACCAUGGCUCCGUAUUAUCAUCUGGGGUCUUUGUGUGAUAAUCAACGUAUUGGCAGUUGGUGGCUUUAUAAUAACCUGGGUAAUGUGUAACCCGGUAGCCGGACAAUGGGAUCCCUACAGAUACCCCACGGCCAAGUGCUGGCCUCGCUCGAUCCAAAUCACCUACGCCUGCGUAUCAUGCGGUGUCUCCUCGUUCAUCAAUAUUGCCUUCUCCAUAUAUCCAGCCAUUGUGGUUUGGAAGUUGCAAAUGCCCCGCUGGAAAAAAAUCAGUACAAUCGGACUUAUGAGCUUGGGUCUGGUAGCUUUCGCUUUUUCAGUGGUCAAGCUCUAUCAUAUGACAUUUUUGCUUGCCGGUCCAGGUCCCUUGGACCUCAUCUAUCUCUGUGCCCAACUCGGCAUUUGGAAUCGUAUCGAGAACGAUUUCGUUUUGAUGGUCGGCCUUUUGCCCUUCAUACCUUCCUUCUUCAAGGCCUGCACGAAUCUCACGACGCGCUCCUCCUCAAGCGACUCACGCUUCAAGGGCAAUGAGUAUUACUCCAUCAAUUCCAACAAGCAGCGCAAGGGCCCCGAUGACCAACUUGAAGUUGAAAUGAUCUCACUUGAGCAACAACUCAAAGAAGAUGCGUCAUCCUCUCUCAGUUUUGACAGGAAUAAUGGAGGGAAGUUAGCUAAGCCCGCAAGUUUCUCCUGA